AAUAUUUGACUUAUUUUCCAUCUUAAUUAAAUGAUGAGAAAAAUCUUAAUACUAACUCUCAUUCUUUCUUCUCAUAUAAAUAAAUGCUUAUAUAUUGAAAAGAAGGAAAGUUAUUUUCAUGUCAUAAGAAGUUUCAAAAGUUUGUGGUGGGUGCUUAACUUUCACAAAAAAUGGAUGCAACUAAAUUAGAUAACUUAGAGAACAAGAAAGAAGAUGAAGUUGUUCUUCCCGGAUUUAGAUUUCAUCCAACGGACGAAGAGCUUGUCGGAUUUUAUCUUCGGCGAAAAGUCGAGAAGAAGCCUCUUCGAAUCGAACUCAUCAAAGAAAUCGACAUUUACAAAUAUGAUCCAUGGGAUCUACCAAAACCUAGUACUAUGGGGGAGAAAGAAUGUUAUUUUUUCUGUCGACGAGGAAGAAAAUACAGGAACAGUAUAAGGCCAAAUAGGGUGACAGGAUCUGGAUUUUGGAAAGCUACAGGGAUUGAUAAAUCUGUGUAUUGUGUUAAAGAAUCACAUGAAUGCAUUGGAUUGAAGAAAUCAUUGGUUUACUAUCGUGGAAGUGCUGGAAAAGGUACCAAAACUGAUUGGAUGAUGCAUGAGUUUCGUCUUCCACCAGCUAAAGGAAAAUCUGGGAAUAGUUCAGUUGUUAAUCAUCAUGGCAAUGAUGUUCUUGAAGCUGAAGUGUGGACAUUAUGCAGAAUAUUCAAACGAAUCCCAUCAUUCAAAAAAUACAUACCAAAUUUGAAAAAAGACUCGGAAACAACACCACCAUUCACUACCACCACCAACAACAACUCUUCAUCUUCCAACACAUGCAGCUUCGAAUCCGACAACACCAAAUCGUACUCGACUUUCACUGACUCGCAACUUUUUCAACAGAAUCAUGAAACAAAACCGUUCUUCAACGGACAUGUUGACCAAAGGAUUAACCACUCAUUUCUAACUCAAGUUCCAACAACUUUGUCUCAAUCAAGUUUAUGGAACGAACAUCCGAAUGUGGUGGUUGACGAUGAAGCAUUCGCAAAUGAGAAUUGGGAUGAUCUUAGAUCUAUGGUUCAGUUUACCUUUGAUCCUUCAAAGGUUUAUGAUUGUAAAGACUUUAAUUAGUUAAUUCAAUAGCAUCAUAAACUACUACUACCACUACCUUAUAGAA